CUCUGCGCAGGCGCGGGGCCGCUCGCGCCCCCGGUCCCGCCGGACGCGGCCCGGAGCGGUGGAGAGUGGUGGAGAAUUACUGAAAAAUGUUCACUUCCCUGGAGCUGACAUUGGCUCUGCGAUGGACUGGUGUCCUGCUGUUACCAGAUCUCCAGGAAACACAUGCUGAGCUCACUGAGACCCCACAGCUGAACUGUGUAAGAUAUCUCACUUUCAGAACUGGAGUCAGGACUAUGUGUUGCCUCCUUUAAUUACAGUCUGAUAAUUGGUUUUAGAUGUGGAAGAAUGCAACAAAAAGAAAUGAAAAAUCCAAGAGUCCAUCAAUGACUAACUAAAGUCUCAGUUUUCAUGAUUUAUGUGAUUUGCUUCUCCUGAAGCCAUGGAUGAAUACAGCCGCUUUGUAGACUGGGACAAAAUGGAUGUGAGUGCCCAGAGCCAGGAUACAAAAGAGCUCACCUGCACAGACUUACAUGAGCUCAAGCAGCUCGCCCGGCAGGGCUAUUGGGCCAAAAACCACUCUCUGAGAGCCAAAGUGUACCACAAACUCAUCAGCAAUAUCCCAUGCCGUACAGUGACCCCAGAUGCAAACGUAUACCGGGACAUCGUGGUGAAGAUCAUUGGAAAACGCAACAGCAGCUCCCUUCCACUGCCAGAGUUCGUGGACAACAGCCUGAUCCCCACGUACUGCCUGAACGCGGAGGGCGUCGGGGCUGUCAGGAAGAUCAUCCUGUGCAUCGCCAAUCAGUUCCCGGACAUCUCGUUCUGCCCGGCGCUGCCCUCGGUGAUCGCGCUACUCCUGCACUACAGCAAGGACGAGGCCGAGUGCUUCGAGCAGGUCUGUCGCAUCCUGGCUUGCAAUGACCCAUCCAAGCGGCUCAUCGACCAGACCUUCCUGGCCUUCGAGUCCUCCUGCAUGACCUUUGGGGACCUGGUGAACAAGUACUGCCAGGCAGCCCACAAGCUGAUGGUGGCAGUGUCCGAGGAUGUGCUGGAGGUGUACUCAGACUGGCAGCGGUGGCUCUUUGGAGAGCUCCCCAUGGCAUACAUUGCGCGGAUCUUUGACGUCUUCCUGGUGGAAGGGUACAAAGUUCUCUAUCGUGUCGCUCUGGCUCUUCUGAAAUUCUUUCACAAAGUCAGAGCUGGGCAGCCCAUGGAGUCUGACAGCAUCCAGCAGGACAUUCGAGCCUUUGUGAGGGAUAUCGCCAAGUCGGUGUCCCCAGAGAGGCUCCUGGAAAAAGCCUUUGCUAUCCGCCUUUUCUCUCGGAAGGAGAUCCAGCUCCUGCAGAUGGCCAAUGAGAAGGCUUUGCAGCAGAAGGGCAUCACAGUCAAACAGAAAAGUCUUGCAACUCCCAGAAGGCAGAAUGUGCACUUGGCAGUUCAUGCUGAGAACUUCAAAUCAGAAAUUGUCAGUGUGAAGGAGAUGCGGGAUAUCUGGUCAUGGAUCCCAGAGCGAUUUGCACUAUGCCAGCCCCUCCUGCUUUUCACCACCUUAGAACAUGGCUGUAGUCUGAGCAGGUUCUAUUCCCACAGCGAGGGACACGAACCAACUCUGCUCCUCAUCAAGACAACAGCGAAAGAGGUCUGUGGAGCCUACCUGUCCACUGACUGGAGCGAGCGUCGGCGAGGAGGGAACAAGCUGAGUUUCUUUGGAACAGGGGAGUGCUUUGUGUUUAGGCUGCAGCCAGAAGUGGAACGCUACGAGUGGGUGAUCAUAAAACACCCAGAACUAGCCUCGACAGGAUCAGAGACAGAAAACCAUGCCCAACCAGCGUCUAGCACCCUUUCCUCCAGCAGCAUUCCCUCAGAUCCUUCAGAUCGCCUUUCUCCCUUCUUAGCAGCUAGGCACUUCAACUUGCCUUCCAAAACAGCCUCCAUGUUCAUGGCUGGCAGCAGUGAGUGCAUCAUUGUAGGCGGUGGUGAUGGCCAGGCUCUGUACCUUGAUGCAGAUCUGAACCACGGGAGAACCAGCCACUGCAACACUUUCAAUAACCAGCCACUGUGUUCUGAAAGCUUCCAGAUCUCCAUCCUGGAAGUGUGGGGCUUCAGGGACACCAUGAAUGGUUGAUGUGACUAUCAUUAAUCAGCUAGUUUUUCAGUUGUCCGAGGUAAAUUCCGAUACAGGAGCUAAGUUAGAACAUCCUUUCUGCUGGGCUCAGUGCUGUGAGUCAUUCCUAAGUGGUGCACUUGGAUGCAGGCCUAAUUGUUUACUCUUACUUUAUUUAAGACAGGUCAAGGUGAAGUAAUGUGUCUGGUUAACUGUUUGUCCCUUUAGCUCUAGAGAUCUGUAUUCAGGGACUGUUGGUAAAAAUGAAAAUGUGAUGAAUUCAGAGCCAUGCUAGAUGGAUAGAGGCUCUAAUCAUGGGAUAGGUUUGAGUCCACAGUUCCUCAGAGGCACAGCCCUGGCUGAGCUGUGCUGCAGAGCUCUGAGCCACUGGUACCAGUACGUGGCCUGAGCCAGGAAUAUCAAAUGUUUCCUCACAGGGAGUACUGGUGACUUCAGAUCUGACAUAGAAGAGUAGUUCAUAAAAUUGCUGCCCUCCUAUGAGCAGAUGUUGUAUAGACAAAUCAGUACCAUUAAGUUAUGAAGCUCUUCAUUCGCACCAGAACCAUGAUUGCUGAUCUUCUUGUACCAAAACCUUUGACAUGUUCCAGUUGCAUAUGUUAGAGCAGUCUGCCUCUGAGAAAGGCAUCCAGGCUGGACGGUGAUAUCUCCAAGUCUUGAUUUUGUUUACAUUCCCAUUCCAUAUCAGUAUGAUGACUUCAGAGUGACUUCCUGUGUCAGGCAGCUGAAAGCUAGAGAGUAUCUGCAGUGCUCAGAAAUGUUCAUUUCCUCAUCUUUCCUGGGAACUGAAAUGAAGCUUUAAAUCUGAAAAUGACUGUGCUGAUAUCCCUGUGUGUUUGGGGAAUUAGACGUGGUGAUAGUGGGAAAUUAAUCCUCUCCCCUCAAGUAAAGAAAGGAAGGCCGGAGGCAAAUCUGGGAGUGAAUGGAUUCCUCAGGAGAACUAGAGGCAACACUGCUUCUCCAGAUGUCUUCCCAGUGAUGAGAUCCCUCCUGAGAAGCUAACAGUUUUCUUCCUGUAUAUUCUGGUAGGGUUUGGGUGAUGAAAAGAGACUUUGCUCAUUCUUGAGCAUUCCUGCAUUCUCUGCAGGCAUGCCCUGUGGCAUGUGAUGUCUGGAGGCAAUUGCCCAGAGUCUUUAUCCAAAAAUUGCACUAUCUGUUGUGGAAAUUCUCCCACAUGAAGCACAAAUACAUAAACAUCAGUGAGUAGUCCACAGCAUACAACAGGAUGCUCAGAGCUUCAGUGAGUAACUCACUAGUAAGAUUUAUCACAACAGGGAAAAUGAAGGGAAAGAGAAAUUGCUGAUUUUCUAAACAGUUCAAUCUAAAAAAUUGCUGUAGAGUGGGAUUUUUACGUAAUGUUAUUGCUACUUAAGCUUGAAGUUCAUUAAAAGAAAAAAUUUAAUAAUGUUAAAAUCUAGGCUGGACAGGGUCACAUUCAUAUUCAGAGGUCUGAGGUAAGUUUUUGGUCAUGCUGGCUUGUCCAGCUUGCCAGCCAUGACAGUACCUCAUGGCUUGGGAAAGAGUUGCCUCUUGUAGAGUAUGUGAAUAAACUUGGCAAAAAUAAGAUUUGCUUUUUAAGGUGCCAUUUUGAAUUUUUGUCAAAGUAACUCUUUGAAAAAUUAGCCUUUGUGCAGAACAGUUUAAGAUGUCUUGCACCAUUUGUAUUUGCAAUUGGAUUCUCUCACCCUCUCUGAGAGUCAGCAUUGGGCCAGUGAGUUCUGCCCAGUUGUCUUUCCACAGGUUUACCAUAGGCUUGAUUGAACUGCAAGAGGUAAUUCAGUUAUACUGAUAUGUUUUGAUGUGGAAGAUCUCAGUCAUAUCUGGCUUUUUGUGAACACUGGCUGAUGCUGCCUUCUAUUUUUCCAAGCCACCCAUGUCUCUUUGCCCUUGCAGGUAUCCCACAAGCUUCCUCGGACAAAAGAAAUCACUCAGAAAGUAUAGAUUCUACUUAGUGUAGAUAGGAUUUCAGUUUGGUUUGCAUCUCCUGUUUUGUGUUUGUCUAAGGAGGUGCCCUUGGGAGUAAAAAGCAACUCAAAAACACAAUAGUAAUAAUUUCCAGCUUGUUGUCAGAAAUUCCCUGGAGCUGUGUGUUGGUAGGAUUUGUGGGAGUGUGAAGUUCUACUCCAAAUGAAUAAAUUUUAUCUGCAAAAACUUGGCUGCAUCUGGCAGUGUGAUGGGAUUGCCUCGCUCCCAUCCCUGCUGGGUGCAACUAUGUCAAUACCUUGUCUUAAGCCAUAUCUAAGAAACAUUCCUCAGAAACAUGUUCUUUCCCUGCUCUGUUCUUGGUGCACAGAGCACCAAGAUUUGGGUGUUUAGAAUCUGAAGUAACUCCUGGGUCCUCAGGAAAUCAUCAUAGGAUAUCAGUGUGAGAAUCCAAGGAGCAGUACUGGACGCCAGGCACAGGACUGGUUUGGCUUGAUGAAGUACUGCCCUGCCACAGCCACCAUGUGGGACUGAUCUGUGUGGUUCAAACUGGAAUAGCCUGGAUGAGCAAGAAGCAGCAAUAAUCCAGGGAGAGCAGUUCUACAGUGCUGCAGCAACUUCACACAAUCCUUGUGUUCAGUAAAAAUGGAUAUUCCUUGUCAUGUGCAAGUCCUCAUCCAUCAUUCCUGUUGUGGUUGUGAGACACCUUAGAAGAACAGCAUUUUGGCUUGGUUAUCUUUCCAGUAGCAGGGAGGCAUUUUUCCUGUCUGUGUAGUUAAGGUGUUGCUGACUAACUGUAUAUCUAAGUGCAAACACUUUGAUUCAUGCAAAACUCUUGAGAUGGAAGCCAUAGGCUGGUUUUGAAGACAAUGGCUACAAUGGACCCCUUAUCAGAAAGUGGAGUUAUCUCAAGUACUCCAACCAUGAAGUGCUUUAGUCAGUUGUUACUUGCAGCUCUGCACACCUGUUGAAGUAGGCUGUAAUCUCUGUUUGUGAUCCUGCUGGCAGCAGCAAGAGUGCCAGAGUUACGGGAUGGGCUUGGGCUGGGAGCUGCGAGCUAGGCAUUGGUCACCACAGUUCUGUGAGAGCAUCUGUGCUUUCCUGAAAAGCUGCUUUUUGCUUUGUCAUAUUCCUUGAAGGCAGAAAAUAUUAGAAACUCCUGACAUCAGAAACCUGACUCCACUGUAAAUGGCAACCAAACUGUUUGCAGACCAUGGGAAUUGUAUCCAGCUACAGCCAGGCUGGACAGACUUCACUGCACCUGAGAUGUCUUUCCUGCAGCUCCUGCACUUUGCCACAUUCCUUUUUCUGAUGCAGUAUGUUAAUCAACCUCCUGUUAAUAGAGACAAAUCAGCCAAGGGAAGGGAAAAAUUUUCAUUUCCUCUCUGAUGACAUAUCUGAAGUCAAAAUGGAGUGGGGGCCAGUACUGUUCUUUGAAGAGUUAAACCAUGCCAAUAGAGAUCUGUGGUGAGCCACAGAGGGGUGAUAUGUGCAGAUCCAUGAACUGCUCUUUCAUGUGUGUGUAUUGAAAUUGUGUACCUUUGUCCUUGGAAAUUCAUCCUCAUUUUUUGUGGAGCAUAAUCUCCUGUGCCCAUGGGGACACUGAUGCCGCAGUCAGGAGCUGAUCCACAACUGUGGCACUGCGAGAUCUCGGUUCCUGCCACUGGCACUGAGUCAGGCUGUUGGGUACAGCUGAGGUGUGGGCACCUGGCUGUUCUGCAGCUCUCUGUGAUGGGUUUCAGACUAUUCAUAGUCAGAAUGAAUGUGUGUGUACUAUUUGGGGUGAUGUUUUCUUCAGAUGAGUGGUGAUGUGCUGCCGAGUUGGUUUUCUACCCUAUCUUGGAAUCACUGCCCUGUGUCAAUGGUAUUUUUGUCACUGUGCAGAAUCUUGGGUAUUAAAGGUAUUUGACUGUGGAGGCUGCUGGCUUUGUCCU